GUCAGAACAGAAAAGAAGCUUCCAUUCUUGUAGAAAAUAUUUUUGUCCAAACUAUUGGAUGGAUACAUUUGUAAUUUAAAUUUUAGCUAGAUAUUAUAAUCUAUUUUUUCUAAUAGUUAGUCUGAACAUAAUAAUCAUUCUGGAUUCCCAAAAGAGGACUUAUUUGGACAUCUACAAGAUGGAUUUGGCGGAGACCAUGAAGAGUGUAUUGGCAAAGAGUACGGGUGGUUCAAGCAGUGCCGCGGGCACCUCCGGUUCGUCUACUCCACACGGCGCCGAGGGAUAUGUCACCGAGAAAUUAUAUAUGUUAUUACAACUGUACCUUCAAAAUAAGGGCUGGAGUCCCAGUAUAGAACUGUUACAGUGUUUUAGUGACCUCAAAGAGUCCUCAAUGCUUCCCAGUGCAGCUUAUUUGCAAAUGAUGGCAUCACGGGUAGGUUUAGAUACUCAAGGAAGACUGAUACUUCGUGAAAAUGGCAAGAUAAUAUUACCAUAUGAGCAUUUUGCUAAUGCAGUUAUGUUGAAACAUAUGAAUGGACCCCAUGGUCUCCACCUUGGAUUGGAAGCUACAGUCAGAGCAGUUGUAGAAUCAUAUACAAUAGGAAGAGAACAAUUUGGAAUGGAGAAGGAGUUCAUAGUGGAAGUGGUACAAAACUGUCCUAAUCCAGCUUGUCGUUAUUACAAAAACCAAUUGGAAAUGACACAAAAGACUAUACAACAGCAUCUAUCUCAACAACCUACAUAUAUCCCAGCAAACUUCUCAGAUGCUGGUGCUUCCAAUCUAUCUGACAGCCAGGCUGUGGAGCGCCUGCUCAGAGGUUCAGCUUUGGCGCAAGACUAUCAGUUGCCCAUUGCGCCACACCUAGCUGCUCUUACGAGUUUGACCGGGGAGAAAUCAGAGCGUCGUGCACAAGACAAAUUGACGCAGCAUCAGCAGAUGUUACUGCAGCACCAGAAUAGGUCACUAGGUCACCAAUCAUCAAUGGACAAGUAUAGCCACUCUCAGCAACGCUCUUCCAGCUCAUCACAAUCGGCCGUUGAUUCCAAGUCAAAACAUCAUUAUACAGAUGAGCACAAACUCACAGAUUUUUUGAGGGCGAACUUGGAGAGCUUAGAAUCACUGUCGGGCGCCGGCAGCGCCAGUAGUGGCUUACACGGCGAGCGGGGGGCGAAUGCGGGUUCAGGGGCCCAGGGGGCUGGGGGUACGGGCACGCCAGGGACGGGAACGGGCGCGGGGGGCGGUGCGGGCGGCCAGGAGCGAGUGGUGCGGGCGUUUGCAGAGCUGGCGCGCAACCUGCAGCGCAUGCGGCCCUGCGUGCGACCCGCCAUGUGCAAGCCCUACGGGAAGCAGAGUGAGCAGCUGCAGAAGAUUUUAUUGGACACUAUUCAGUUGGUGCAGUCGCUACGUAGUUAUUUACCACCACCGCACAUUCAAGUCACGUCAUGGAAGAACGACGAUAAACUUCGUGAAUAAAGUAAGUAUAAAGGGUAAACGGGUUGCUGUAUCUACCAAUCUGUAAUGUGCACGGUACCAAUAACAAUUCUAUUGACACAAAAUGUUUUGAAGUUCAAACAACAUGGAGGAACUGGAGAGCCGCAAGAUUGUGAGCGGCAACUAGCCCGUGGACUGCGCCCGCUCGCUCCUCACACUUGUUCCGCCGCUGCCGCCCUGCCGCCAACACUUCUUCCCGCCAUACACACAUACGGUAUACGUAUAACUUCAGACAGGGGUUAGUUGGAGGCAAUGCAAAACAUUGUGAAGGUGUACGAAACUUUAUACGAAUAUCUUUCUCCAAGAAAUAUCGUCAAAAUAUGAAAUUAAACAUUGGAUUGUUAGUACACCUAAAUACCCAUCUGUUUGGUAUGACAUAAAUUAUUAAUGUAUUUUGACUAUAGCUCCUUAUAAAGUUUGUUCAGUUUUUAUGAAUAGUCUAAUGUACUUAUGUGCUUUAUGUGUGACCCUGUACUGAGAAUUCCUUUUAUAUUUAAUUUGUACUCUAUGAAACAAAAUUGUUAGAACCAUAACUAUAACUGGAUAAAUGUUUCUUUAUACAAACUAUUUAUACAAAUUAUUAUUUUUAUACAUUUUAAUUUUUAUACAGUUUUAUAUAUAAAAUAUUGAAAUGAAUUUCAAUUGAUACUAUACAACGGCGGGUAUUUAUUGCUGUAGAAAUACGUAAAUUGGGCAGCGAUGUUUAUAUGAUAUAACCCAAUGAUGUACAUAAUAUGUAUAACAAUUUAGCACAAAUUGAGUGUGCAUCUUUUACAAUGUUUCCUCUCUGGUAUUUUGUUUUUUUUUACAAAUUUUGUUACCUUAUUUGUUGGUGUUUGUUGCGUCUUUACACUUUUGUCAUACCUCGGUUUUUCAAUAGAUGCCUUAUUUACUUUGUUACAUUUCGUACGUUUCUCUUAUUGUGUUUAUAAUUUUUAAUGAUUUAGUAUGUAAGAAUUACAACAGUUAUUACAAUUUUAUGAUUCGUCCUAGUUAAUACAAUAAGUUCAUUCUCGGUUUAUUGUCGUAAGUGCAUUAUUUACACUGUGAUAGAAGUGUAAUAGGUGUAGGCCUGAGCAAAGUCUUGACAUGAAUGUAAAAUAAGUACAUAAAUUAUUUAGUAGUGGAGUCGCGUUACGCGUUUAUGUCUACGACAUCAUUGAAUACGCCUCUUGUAUGCACAAGUAAUAACAGAUUUUAUACAUAAAGUUUAUAGAGCAUUCAACAUAGUAUCAUAAUUUAUAGGUUUUCAAUGUUUUAGUAUAAUAAUUGAUCAGUCUUUGCAAUUUUUUUCUGUUUUUAGUUUAUUUAACAAUAACACACACUUUUAAAAAAGAAAAUAAUCAGCCAAAUAUAAUAAAAAGUAACCAAUCAUUUAUUAAUUUCUCCUAAUACGUACAUACAAGUACAUGAUUUUUUAGUUAUUGACGUAGUACCAUUUGAAUAAGAAAUUUAAUUAAUUAGCCUUUAUAAUAAGAAAACUCGAGUUUAUGCGUAGGUAGCAUAACUUCGAUGUUUAUUGAAAUAUUAAAUCAAGUGUUGAAUGCCCUAGGUGCAGAUUCUAUAAGGAAUAUUCAAUGAUGUAACUGGUUUUACUUAAAGACCAGUUAAUUAGGUAUUGAAAAUGAAAUGUACACAAUUAAUCAACUUUCAUCGCCACAUCUUGUCUCGAAAUAUAGGAAGGUUAGUAUCUUAUUGAAGACUGCAAAUUUUUUCACGUCGUCUUAGCUAAUGUUGCCUGUGAAUGUAUUAAAUUAGGCUCGGUAAGUUGUGUAAGGGAAUGCACAUUGAGAUGUUUUUUCUGAAUUAACAUUUUUUUUACUGAUACAUUUGUCUAAUGCAUAGAAAUUAUUUAUUGCGAUUACAUAAUAGUUUAAGGAUAUCUCAAUGUGCAGAGUGUGGUCUAAAAAUUCUAUAGUCGAGUCGUUAUUAUGGUGCCGACUGACUCCUAGCUCUCAAUCACAAAUUUAUUGGCAUAAAAAGAAGUGAUUUUAUUAAUCGAAAUUAGUUAUCUCAUUAAUUUAAUUAUUAAGAUUUUGUUUUUUUUUAUUUCAGUCGUUAUUAUAAUAAUGCCUCGAUUAAAAUGUUUAGUCGUUAUUAUGAUCAUAAUGUUUCGUCCCAAAAUGUGUAGGGUAAUGAAUACAUGCAAUAUACUCCGAAAGUUAAUAUAUUAUUUUUAAAAUAGUGAUUCAUAUGUGAAAUGCUAUUUAUUGAUUAUCAUUCCAUUCAUUUAAUUCUAAUUUUAGGCCUUUUUACAUUUUGUUACAUAAUAGGGAAACAAAAUAAAUGUCAACACUGGGCAGUAUGGAACAUUAAGCUCAGCUUGACUUCAGUAGGACUCAUCUUUAUCAUGAAAGUCAUUGAAUAAAUAUUGUUCUCGAAUACAAGCUCAGUAUUAUUAAAAUUUUAUAUUUCGUAGCCAAUGUAUUUAUGUGUGUAACAGUAGUUCUUGUUAGAGACUAUAUAUUUUAUCUACCGUAAAACCUAAGAAUAAGAAUUCACAUCCAGACGCGAAAGUGAAAAAUGUUUUAUUCCCUAGUCUUUUUCUAUUGUUAAGUAAAAACUACAUUAGCACAUUUUUUGUGGAAUAAAGGCCAGAGUUGGGGAUUUUUGAGGCAGCUUGUAAUCAUUCUAUUUUGAAUCGCUAUUGUACGUACACAUAUUUUUGUUGUUAACAUAAAUAGUCUCUACUACUGUUUAUGGUAUGGUGUCUUGUGUCUAGGGACGAAACAUGAUAUGAUCGUAUUGCGAAUACAAGUCGCUAUAAAUUUCCAAAUUAUCACUUUGGAAUAAUAAAUUACAUAUUAUGUAAGUGCAAUAAUUAGGCAAAGCCUACUUUAAAUUAUUUUUUUUGUAUUUUAGUACUAUAAUUCUAAAUUAUGAUAUAAAAUUAUAAAUCGCAUCGCAUGGAGGGCGUGUUAGGUUGUAACGUAAUAUUCUGACUGUGUUGUGGAUUUGACCCUGUUCAUUGAUUGUUGUAUAAACAUCACAUUCUGUUUGACUAUUGUCAAGUAAUGUUAAGAUCAUGUGAGCAGCUUAUUAAUGCAUUAGGUAUAUCUUAACUUAUAAGAAAUGUAUGUAUUUGGUAUUGGUAGACUUUAUAGUGUCAUUUUGCUAUUACAGUAUCCAAAUAUUGAUACGAGGCUAUUUAUGUUUUCAAAAAUAACAAUUCACUUAGUGUUAAGUUCAUAAAACUGUCAAUAAUCUACUCUCGACGAAGUAUUAUAAAUUUCCUAAAAGAAUCUCUCUGUAUUAGAAUAAGCUUUCUAGUCAAAAAUGGAUUAGCUAUGUUUUUUUUUUAUAAUCGGAAUCUUUUUUUUAGAUAUUGAUAAACGUGUCUACAAUUCGUAAGCAUGCACAUAAAUUGAAAAAUGAUCUCAAAAUUACAAGAUGUCAAAUCUAAUUUGUGAUUAGUUACAAUAUGGCUAACCUCGAAAUAUGUAUAUUGAAAGCGCUAAUUUUGAACAAAUAUCUACAAUAUUUUAAAUAUUUAUUACAUUAUCAUAUUACCUUCAUUGUAGUGAGUAGUGACAUGUUAUUUUGUAAACAAAUAUAUAUAAUUGUGAACGCUACAUUAAAUACUUAAUCACUAUAAUAAAUAUUACUUCAAAAUAUGGUGAAUAACUCCGUUAGUAAGGUUUAAUUUCGUCUUAUUUUACCAAAUUCACUCGUUGUCUUUGGGAAAGUAGACGAAAAACAUGAAUUUCACAGAUUGUAUCAUCUAAAGAUACAGGUUCUACAGCAAUUUAUUGAUUGUAAAAAUAUUGGCCUUGCCAUUUAACUUAUUUGCCGAAAUGAUUAUAUAUUAUAUUAUCAAUUAUUAUUUGAAUUUGUAAAAGUGGUAAUAUAGUGAAUCAAGGAAGCAGUGCUUAGAAAUAAAUAUAUGAUUCAAUA